UAUUUCGAUGUUUUAAUAAACAUCUAACCAGCGCCAGGAUCACUAGUAUUUCUUGUCCUUUUUCGAUUUUUAUUCGCAUAAUUUAUCCAUAAAUCAUGUCUGACGAAGAAGAAUACAGUGAAGAAGAAAUUGAAGAACCAGAACCAGAGGUUCGUAAACCACAGCCACCAAAACAGGCUGAAAAACCAGCCGAAGCACAAUCAGAAGCUGAAGCUGCUAUGGAUGAAAAAAUUCGUAAAAAGAAACAAGAAGAAGAAGAACAAUGGUCAGAAUAUAUUGAACAACGUAAAAAACAAAAACAAAAAGAAGAAGAGGAAUUAAGAAAACUUAAAGAAAGACAAGCAUUACGUAAACAAAAACGUGCUGAACAAGAACGUAUGUUGGAAGAAUGGCGUUUAAAACAAGAAGCUCAACGUAUUAAAGAAUUGGAAGAAAGACGAUCGAAAGAAGCUGAAGCUAAACGUAAACGUUUGGAAGAAGCGGAAAAAAAACGUGCUGCUAUGCAAGCUGCAUUGAACAAACAGAAUACCGGUUCAGGUAAAAUUGAACGUAAUUUUGUUAUUACAAAACGAUCCGAUGGUGGACCGGGUGCAGCUCUUGGUAAUACUGGAUUCGAUCGAUUUUCAAACGUUAUAUCGGCACGAUCUGAAAUGGGCAAAACUAAAGAACAACUUAUUGAAGAUAAACGAAUUGCCAUGUCUUUUCGUGUUAAACCAUUGGAUAUUGAUGGUCUUUCGGUUGAUGAUUUGAAGAAAAAAGCAUCACAACUUUGGGAUAUGAUCGUGCAAUUGGAAAGUGAAAAAUAUGAUCUUGAAGAACGUAAAAAACGACAAGAUUAUGACUUGAAAGAAUUGGCUGAACGUCAACGUCAAAUCAAUCGAAACAAAGCAUUGAAAAAAGGUCUUGAUCCAGAUGCUUUAUCGGGUAAAUUCCCACCGAAAAUAUUGACAGCAUCCAAAUAUGAACGACAAGUUGAUCGACGAACAUUCAACGACAAAAAGAGUUUGUUUGAAGGAGGCUACGAUGCUAUGGUCGAAGCACAAUUAGAAAAAAUGUGGCAAGAACGUGUUAAAGAAUUUAAGGAAAAGGAUAAAGCUUUGCCAAAAUGGGAUCCUGAGCAUCCGAAAAAUAAAGAAACCUAUGAACCUGGCGCACGAACAUACGAUGUUAAUGACGAAGAUGACAUUGAUUUGUUGGAUGCAUUCAUUAAACCUAUUGGUUUUCAAGAAGAAUCAACAGAUGGCGCUGAUUUCAAAAAUCAACAGAUGGCGCUGAAAACUCAAGAAAAAAAAGAAGAGGAGGAAGAGGAGGAAGAAGAAUCAGAAUACGAAGACGAAGACGACGAAUAAUAAUCUAGAAGAAUAAUCUUGAAAAAAAAAUUCAUUUAUCAAUGUUCUAUUUAUUUCUAUUGAAGUGUUCAA